AUGUCAAAUGCUAAUAGCAAAGCACUUAACGCAAUUUUUUGUGGUGUGUCCCCAAAUGAGUUCCAUCGGAUUUCACAUAUCACCGUUGCCAAGGAAGCAUGGCAAAUUUUGGAGACCACUUAUGAGGGUACAAAGAAAGUUAAGGACACAAAGCUACAGAUGUUGACUACCCGGUUUGAAGAGCUUAGGAUGAACGAGGAUGAGUCUUUUGACUUUUUCUAUAGUAAUCUAAAUGAAGUGGUCAUCAGCAAGUUUAAUUUGGGAGAGAAAAUGGAGGACUCGAAAGUUGUACGAAAAAUUCUUUGUUCAUUGCCAGAGAGCUUCCAUGCAAAGGUGACUGCAAUUGAGGCGAGCAAGGACCUUGAUGAAAUCAAAGUCCAAGAGCUGAUUGGUUCUCUCCAAACGUAUGAGCUUUCAUUACCGAAUCAAAGAAAGAGCAAAUCAUUGGCUCUUAAGACGAUAAAUGAAAGGGUAGAAGCUCAUGGCUCAUCGGAUGAGGAUGUAGUCGAAAAGGAUGUUGCCUACCUUGCAAAGAAUUUCCGCAAAUUUCUAAAGUUCAAGAAUAAUGCUGAAGAAGAUGAAGAUACAACUGGUCUUCAAGAGAACUACAAUUCACUACUUGAGAAGUCAGGAGAAUAUGCAAGGGUGGCCAAGGCAGCUGUGAAAAAGAUGAAGAAAGUUGAAGAGGACUAUAGAAGUCUUCUAGUGAGAUAUAAAGAGGCCAAGUGUGAGAUAGAGAUGCUAAAUGGUGAGCUAACCGAAGCUUACACCAAUACCUUCUACGACAAAACCGGAUUAGGAUACACUGGAGAAAGUAGUUCAGCUGUGAACAUCUCCAAAGAAGUGAAGUUUGUGAAGGCCAAAGAGUCGGUUGUAAUUGCCUCUACUGUUGUAAAGGCAAAUGUUGAGAAGAAGAAGAAUGUGACUGACCAACGGGUGUUGAACAAGCCCCGUAAUCAAUUCGUGGUCAGGUCUAAAGCCAGUGCAAAAUCUCUUCCACGAUCGCAAAGAGGUCCUAGAGCAAACCAUGUGUGUCAUCACUGUGGACUUCAUGGGCACACCCGACCCAAUUGUCAUAAGCUGAGAGCAUUGAGGAAUGCAAGUGAUCAAAGAUCAAGAAGGCCAAGAAAUGACAAGAGGACUUAG